GUCAUGGGAAGUGUCUCACUGUCAAUCAAGUUGUUAAGAGCUAGUGAUGACUAUUAGAUCUAGCACUUAGUGUGACUUGAGUGAAGCAGACGUGAACAUGGCUACACACUCCAGCGAGCGAGGUGUAAAGAUUCUAAGGCUUACAUAGAUCUAGGUCUAUUUAGGAUUUAAAAAAACUACGAUUGUUUUAAUUAAACGUACCAAAUUAUAGCCUAGAAACAGUGAGGAAUAAACUCGGCUCGCGGACUACAUCUGGCCCUGAAAUCUUCUGAUUUUCUUGCAUAAAAUACACGAAAAGGCUUGCUUCCAUUAGAUUCAACGAUAUUGUCGUUGAUGUGGCUCAAAACACGUCAAUAGAGUUGAGAGGUAGGCCUAUGUUGUUUAUAAAGUCUGAAAAAACAUUAAAGGCUCGAGUAGGGCAUUGACUUAUCGUCGUGAAAGAUGAACAAAACAAAGAUGCGAAGGGAGAACAUCGACGUUUCUGAGACGAGAAAGGGAAAGAGAAAGGUGUGAAGGAGAUAUGAAGAGAACGAUGCGCUACUGUGAGCGAUGGAGAUGGUCUAUGAUAGUAUAUGCCAGUAUUUAGUGGAAGAGAAAAGGUACAGCGCAGAGAUAUUUCAUAAUCUUCAUGAAGAUAAGGACUUGAUAUACAAAGGUCUGAUAGUUGACUUUGAUAAAGGUAAUGUUUUGAAACUUGGUCAUGAUGGAGUUAUACUCAGGGCUACCCAUGGUUCAAAGAAGUUGUCUUCUUCAGAUAUUGAUCAGGUUUACGGUAAAGAGAGAAAAUUCCCAGAAUUUGAAGCCUUCAUUAGUGGAGUGCGAAGUCCAUUCAAUAAAUGGCGUUUCUUUGAAAACUUCUUUGACAUGCCUGCCUUGGUUGCUUUUGCCAGGAUUGUCGACAGCUUAGGAAAACUGGAACCUGCCAAAGAGAGAAGUACCUAUAUACACACAUGGGAUGAUGUUUAUGCAGCAUUAUGUGACUUGUACAGCCCAGAACAGUUUAAAGCAAACAAAGGCAAGUUCUUUCCUAACAUGAAGAGAGAGCCAUCUAAAUAUAUUGACAAGGUCAGCAAUGAUAUCAAAAAUUGGUUGAUGUCUCUACGUCAAAACAAUAGAAAGAUUUUUCUGUUGACAUCCUCGUUUCCAGACUUUGCUUCAUUUGUUAUGGAGUACUCAUUUGGUGCUGACUGGAAGUCUUACUUUGAUCUCAUUAUCUAUGGCGGCAGAAAACCCAGAUUUUUCACAGAGAACAGUCCAUUUUUACAAGUUGUGAACACAGAGAUUGGAGAGGACUCUGAACAGCUGGCGGAGAAUGGAGAAUAUUGUCAUGGCAACUACACAGACCUGAUGAAGUUUUUAAGGGAGAUAACACACAAGGAUGAUCCGAAGGUUAUUUACUUUGGGGACAACCUCUGGGCUGAUGCCUGGCCUUCAAAAUUCUAUGGCCAGUGGGACACUGUACUUGUACUGGAAGAAAUGGAUGCUGAGGGGUAUGCUGUAUCAGACGGCACUGUGCCAGGUCAUGAUGACUCUCCUUCUUCAAGUGGAAAAUUGGUAUUCGAGCACAGCUCACUGGUGACAAUGGAGGAGAUGGAGUUGAUGGUGAGCACGUUCUGGGGGUCCAUCUUUAUUGACGACAUUUCAGACAGUAGAGCCCCGCAGGAGAAGCUGAUGAACACAACGUAUGGCGACCUGAUAUCUCAAUACGCUGACGUAUGUGUUCCCAGCAUAGAGUAUUUGGCAGGUGUGCCAGUGGACAAUACUUUUAGCACAUUCAAUAAUCAAGCAGGCAACAUAAAAGGCUUUCACCCUGGCUGUCCGAAGUCAUUGCUUUCUUGAAGACUUUUUCUUGUCCACGUAUAAUGAUGUAACAGGAGCGUUAUCCAAAGAGGCAGUUAUUCAAGUGAAGAUUGUGCUGUGUUGUCUUUACGUUGUCUUGCUGUUCUUGUUUGUUUUAAAUCAGAUGCAUUUACUUGUGUCUCAUGACAACUGUGUUCACAGAUGUGUCUUAUGGAAGUGUUUUAUAGUCCGUACAUCUCUGUUCUGGCUGAAAAAUUAGUCUGUCCAGUGUUUCAGAAGUAUUAAAGUUGUAAUACCAAGUGUAAUAUUUUCCAAAUGUUAGUCCUGUAAGACUCCUGUAUAUAUUGUGCAUAACUAUGGUGACAUUGCCAAAAUGGUGAAGUAAAUAUAUAUAUAUCUAUAUUAAUAAUUCUUUAAAAUAUUUUUUUGUACAUACAAAUAAAUAUAUUUUUAUAGACAAUUUUUUUAUCUAAAAAAUUGUAUUCAAAAUAGAUAAAGCUAACUUGAUGACUGCCCUGAUACUCAGAUAAAUCUUAAUUGAAAAUUCCAUUAUCUCUCAUCGAUUCCACAAAGUUUAUACAAUUGUAUAGUAACACUUGAACCUUCAACACUAAUGUACCGCAAGCAAGGAAUAGUUCUAUUUUAAAAAAAAAACAUGUUUCCAAAAUCACUGAAAAAGAUAAUAGUUACAAUAUUCUGUUUCACGAGGAGGAUAAUGAAGAAUCAUGAUAUGAGGAGUUUUUAAUCUUUUUUUUAUCUACCUUAUCUUAUAUAAUACAGACGUUACUUCGAAAAAGAAGAUAAUGACGUCCUACGGGUCAUGCAUUCAGUCAUGCAUGUUAACCAAUGACUUAAAUUCUGCCAAGUCACUGCCAUGGUUUUCCUGGCUAGCUCAGGCAACCCAUUCCAUGCUCUAAUAGCACUAGGGAAGAAGGAGUAUUUGUAAAAAUUUGUCCUAGCAUAUGGGAUGAGGAAUGUGCCUUUUUUGUCUAUAGCGCAUCUUUCUUGUUUAUAGCUGCCACAUAUCUCACAAUUUUUAUUCAAAUAGAUUGUCUAGGGUUUUUCUACUUUUAAAUGCUAUAAGUGUUCAGCAUUAAAAUUCUGGGAUUAAUAUUUUAAGAAGGUUACUUAAUAGUUUGUAUGGACCUCCCAAAGAAACGGACCCCCAAGUGGUCCACUCUGACAGGUAAAAAGAACAGGUUUCAAUAUUUUCAUACAUAUAUUAGACAUAAAUGGAUAGCAGCACCAGGGACAAAGUUUUUAAGAGAGAAAGUAGUGAAUUAAAAUGCUACGAAAAUAAGGGAAUGCGCCGGCCGAGGCUCAAACCCAUGACUCUGGAUUCGACCCCACGGCCUAGCGAGUCAUUUCGCCUGUAUGCAAAUUACCACCCCAGUGGUCAAAGGUCACAAGCCCUAGCUAGCCCCUCCCCCACCUUGCAGCAUCCAUUCACUAACAACUUCAAUAGAGCUGACAAAGACAGCCGUUAGGCAUGUAUUAGACAAACAAUGGCUCUAUCUAAUUGUGUAUCUCUCAUAAUGACAAGUGGACAACAUAAAUACAUUGCAUAUAGAAGCUUCAGUGGGUAUGAGCACCUAGGUUCAACUCCAUAUUUACGUUCAAUAUUUUCAUCAUGAAUAUUAGAAGCCAUGAAUACCAACAUCUACCACAACCCUACCUCUGUCCAUUCGAAAAGAAGAGGCCUGUGUGUGUGUCGAUAUCAUUGUAUUCUUAGGUUGACUGACAUAAUACCACAGGGUACGGAGAUAAUGAUAAUGUUUUAUUAUUAUAAUAUCAGGGUAUAUUGUUAAUAUUUUUAUGUAUUCAGUCAACUGAUUAUUAAAAAGAUAUGAUUCAGUGUGAGCCUGGCCUAAAUGAUGUUAUUGAAUACUCAUCUAAUUGAUGGUUUUGUUAAGGGCCAAUCUCUCAUUCAAGGGAGGAAACCUUUCCCUUCUGUUUAGCCUUCAAGCUUAUGCACAGGGAAUGCACUCCACUUCUAUAAUACUGCUUGAUGUUUUAAAAUAUAUUUGACUUGUAUGUAUACUAAAUGCAUUCUUUCUCUUUUAAAACAUUUUAGUACCUUGUAUCACAAAAAAACACUUAGAUUGGUAAUACAAAUAUUUUAACCCAUACUUUAGAAAAUAACAAAACUGUUUGCAUAAACAUUUUCAAAACCAUCUGAAAAAAUGCCUAUUUUAUUAAUAUGGUCUCCCCUGUUGUUUUUAGUAUCAUAGUGUAUAGUUGUAAAAAUAGUGUGCAUUAUGAAAAAAACUUUGCAUUUUAAUUUUACUAAUUAAAUGGUUAGCUUUCAGAAAACAAAGAAACAAAAAAAAAAGCAAAAAUGUAGAAAUAUCUUUUCUAGUUUUGCUAUCUAAACAGGGGCCGAUGGACAGAAAGACCUCACAAAACUAAUAGUGACUAUUCUCCCUUCAGAAGCGGCUGAAAUUCUUCAUGUUAGCAGCUUUUCAGUUUAGCAGUUUAUUUUAUUGAUACUUUCGUACAAUUCAGUACUAUCUGCUCAGCUAUAUACACAAAUCCUCAAUGGAAAAAUGUUUCUGUAAAGGUUGCAGAGUAAUGUAUUUGGUGUUCACGUACAAUCUAGUUUUAAUAUUGGAGCAACUAUGUUUAAUAUCUAUAUUCUAUAGGUAUCUGUUUUGUAAAUAGCUGAAUUAUAAGUCCAGUCUUUAUACAGUUUUGCAAAAGGUUUUAAAUGUAUGUAAAUCUAUUCAGCUGUUAGGUUAUAUUAGGGUAUGAAACAGGCAAUAUCCAAGAGAUAAGAUAAGAUAAUUUUUAUUGAUCCAAACAAAUGGAUAUUCAGUUUGACUACAGUGGACCACCUCAGCAUAACUAUUGUAACAAUAAAAAAAUAGAUGCAUAUACGAACCACAUACAGAAGUUCUCUUAUACAAAGUCUUGUAUAAACACAUUUUAAAAUUCAACUUUCUUCUUCUUGGUUCUCAUUUUACAUGUCAGAGAGUUCAGAUCAGUAAUCUUAUAUCUGAGAUGAACUGCCCAGUGGUUUGUAGAUCAGGCAGUUCUCCGUAUAGUUUUUGCUCUAUAGGAGGGUUUUGGGGCCAGAUUCUUGUUUGGGCCUCUUGAUAUAGUAUGCACCUUUGAAGGACAUGGUCUGCAUUCUCUGGCGAUGCUCCACAAGGGCAGGUUUCGCUCAUCUCGACUUUAAGCUUCCGGAACAUAUGUUGUCUCAUUCUGUUGUGUCCGGUUCUGAGUCAAAAAAAUUAUGCAUUGCUAUGUUAAAAUGGCUUACAACAGGCGUCCUUUUUCUUGUAAUUGGGAUUUGAGAUGGUCCUAUUCUCAUUUAUUCUACACUUUGAUAACUUGAAGUUAUCAACAAAGAUAAAUUAACACAUGAGAACGGAGAAGAAGAAGUGCAUAAAUACAUAAACUAGCUCAAUCUUUGGUGGACUUCUGUCUAAUUACUGCUGUCCAUUUUUGGAAAUUUGCCUUACUUUCUCCUUAAGUCAUUCUCUCAUGUACAGGGACAUUCAUACAUUUAGGCCAUAUCAUGUCACUGUCCCUGCAGUAAGAUCUUUCUUGCCUACACUCCUGCUUACCUAUUAACUUAUUUUCUAUGUCAAAUGCUACACCUAACCCAGUAAACAAAGCGAUGGUAUCUGCUAAUGAUGGUUUUCUAAAAAUAAGUGUCAUGGUUGUUUUGAUUGCUUAAACACUAAACAUGUUUAAGUUUUGGGAAACAAUGCAUAGAACUAAAAAUAGCCAAGACCGUAAACAAAUAAGUAGGGAUCUUGUCAGUGAAAGAUUCUGGUUUCUUUUCUGUCUUUUGAAGCUAAUUUUCGAAAGGGAUUAAAUAAUAGGGAAGACAAUAAGCUGGGGAUAGUCAGUAAGUCUCAAGCUUCAUGUUAAGUCUACUUUUGUGAAUCUAUUAUGAAAUUAUAUAUUUUAUAUAUAAUUUAUAUUGUCUGUUAAUAGUGUUUGUGCUUCCUUCUUCUUUAUUAUAUCUAAGAAUCCUGUUCAAUGCGUACCCCUGUUCUCAGAGGAAGUGAUCAGCUUGUAGACACUGUGGGGCUGACUAUCAUUACCUGAAACUGCCAUCCCUCUACUUCAUUGUUUGUUCGUGGCAAACUUUUCUGUACACUUGAACUACUCCUUAAUAGACUGAUAUGAACCUAACAUAUCAGCAAGAUAAGGAAUGUGAUGUCAGCUUGUCUGAUCCCAUUAAUUUGGACCACAUUUCAAAUAAAAAAAUUCCUUAGCAAAUGAUCAUAUGUGCUCUGUCCAGCAUAGCUGUCAAACAUGUGCAAGAUACAUACAUUUAUAUAUCAUACAUUCAGUCGGAACUAUUUUAUGUCUCGUUUUUUGUUUGUUGGUAAACUUCAAAUAUUGUCUACAUGUGUGAUAUAUUGUCUACAUGUGUGAUAUAAUGUAUAAAACAGAUCACAGAAAGUUUACUAUAUUGUCAUUUUGAAUGUUUAUACAAUUACUAAUCAGAGUGAACACUGUAAAUAUUUACUAAAGCUAUUCAUGGGACCCAUUCAAGAAUAAUAUUGAGAAGAGAAUAGUUAAUGUGUACACAAUUUUUUUAUAAGACUCAAAAUUGUUUAUUAAAUCAAGAAACUGUUUGUAACAUUGUAUUAGAAUGUAAACCUGAAACUUUCUAAUGUUCUAUUGCAGUGAUGCCCAAAAUACGGCCUGCGGGCCAGAUCCGGCCUGCAAUGUGGUUUUAUCCGGCCCACCGAAACAUCUGCACAAAGUGUAGAAUAGGUUGAAAAAUUUAUUUUUACCCACGUCAGGGUCCUGACUUUUUCUCUGAUAAAUUGGUACCAUGCCAUUAAAAAUGUGUAGGUUUAUGAAAUAAGAGAGAAGAAGAAACCUCUGAAUUAAGAAUCUUACCAGGAAAAUUGAACAGAUCUUUAAUUAUUUUUUUUUUGGAACCUGAUAAUAAACUAACAUAUUUGUUUAGUAAAUUGUAGCUGUUUAAAAAAACAACAACAACAUAUAUAUACGGCUUUAUAAAACAAAUAUUACGGCAUUCUUGGUUUGAGCCACGAAUAAAAGGUUGUUAAACUAAGCCUAGAAAUUGGAGGAUGGAUGGGAAUAAUUACCAAAAAGAGACAAGAAAAUGAGUCGUUGGUGAAGCUAACUACAACGUUUCUCACAUUUUAAGAGAGAAAUGAAGCCAGUUAAUAUCCUAUUAAUUAAUGCAAGUAUUAGAUCCACUGGUUUCUAAUAAAAUUCUUUUAGGUCAAUUUCAUUUCGUUUAUGUACAUUUUCAGUCAUGUGGCCCACGACAUGAGUGUCGGAAAUAAAAAUGGCCCGCAGGUCGAAUUAGGCUGAGCAUCACUGUUCUAUUGGAAUUAAAGUAAACCAAUGUCCCCUUUCAGACCAUGUGGUCUAUAGGACAGAUGAUGUAAAGGUCAUCUGUUUCUGUGGCCCACUGUUAACGAAGGUGUCAUGUGGCCAGCGCAAUGACCAACCACCUUUACUUUUCCCCAACUAAUGUCAGGUACCCAUUAGAGGCUGGGUGGACUCAGAGGCGCCCAAAAUCCUGAAAUUAAACAUUUUCACCAGGAUUUGAACCCGGGACCCCAGGUUUAGAAGCCAAGCGCUUUACCUUACUGCUCUGCAACCAUGCCUCUUUCUAUUAGAAUGUAUAUCUCAAAAUGUUUUAAAUUCUAUUAGAAUAUACUUUGGAAACUGUUAGUAAUGUUCUAAUAGUGUGUUAAUCAGAAAUAUACAAAAUCUGAAGUUAAAGAUUACAUGUCAUUGUAAAUAUCCUUUUUUUUUUAGGAACUCCAAAUUUCUUGGGCAUUUUAAGAAGUCUGUUUUAAUUUUAUUGCAUUUACUUAUGGCAUUAACAUAUUCCCAUUUGUUGUUUUCAAAGCUGUCAAGAAAGUCUUAACAUUAAAUGACAAUAUUUUUCAUUAUUUUCUGAAAUUUUAAAAUAUUUUUUAAUUUUUAGAUCAAGUCCAGAUUUUCAUGCAAUUUUCUACUUCCUUUUCAGUUGGUGUGUUUUUCUUAAACCAUGUAACAAAUCAUUCGUAACAUUUAAGGCCCAUGUUUAUUCUGUGACAGGUGUCUAUUUCGCUUCCUACUUUAACUGAUAAGGUUUGAGAAUUGAACAUUUUGACUAGUGUUGAGAACUGAAAAAUGUUUUCAACUUGUCAUAUUUGUAUUAGUUCAUGGAAUUAAUUUUGUUCAUGCUUAGUUGAUUAUUGAUUUCAAUGUUUGAACUAUUUAAAUAUAUUUUUUUUUGUUAAAUCAUAUGUCGAAAGAAACUAUUUUUUUUUUUACAUUUUGAGAUACAGUUAGUAUUAUUUUUUUUUUACAAAACUUGUAUCAAUUCAAUGGGUCUGUCUGGUACACAUUUUGUACACAUUAUUUCUCCCAAUUUCCAUUCUCGGAUCAAGUUGAAGCUUUGGAGAAUUAUUUGUUGGCCAAGACAAUACAUGAAUUGAUAAAAAAAAUA